UUUUAAGAUAUAAUUUUGUGAAUUUCUGAAUAUGGUAAGGAAAUUGGGAUAAUGGAGUUUUAUCAUUGCAGCUGGAGCUCAUGAUUCUAGUUGAUAUAACUUAUUGUGUGCGCCUUUCCGAAAUUAUCGGAAAUAACCUGCGCAGGCGCAUUGUCAGCAUCUUGCGUCUCCCACCUCGCUUUCUAAUCUAAAUUCGGUUUUAGUGAUUGACUCCGGUUUUCCAAUAUGGUGUGAGAUAAGAACUAAAGUGAAGUCUUGUUUGCUCCCUGUAUAGUGAGUCCUUGUGGGGUUUAUUAAACUCAACGUGAAGAUUCUCAUUAUAACCUGUAAGACUACACGAUACGCUCUUGUCAUUGGACAGGUACAAAAUUAUAUUUUUGGACACUGAAAAUUAAUACGGGUCUCAGAACGAAUUGGUUCCCCUUGACCUUCUGUAUGAUUUAAUAAAGGAAAGCUGGUCCAGAUAAUUAACGCUUUAUUUAAACCAAGUGUGAGGAAAUUAAAUCAUGAUAAGUCUUUGAAUGCAACUCAAUACUUUUUCUUCCCUUGGGUUAAUACAGGGACGGGUGGCUAAUCAAGUCUUUAAUUAAAAGUGUAUAAAGGUCGGGUGCUUUGACCAGUAAUGUUUGAGGUCUUUCCCAGUAGCAGCCCUGUGUCGUACUCGACCUGGGAACAACCUUAUGUCUGAAAAGCAGGUGAAACCUUGAACUCUUACCCAGAAAUGCUGCUGUUACUCUACACUGCCGAUUAUCAAGCGAUUAAUUAUUUAAUGGCGUGUCCCUGUGCGUUAAUCAUUAACUCGCCCCUUUUACUUGGCUGUUGGACAUGAUCGCAUUGAUUGAGUCGUAUGAUGAUAAUGAAAACCGGAUAGGGAAGAAUACUCCAUCAAUUGUCCUGCAUGAUGUAUAAACCCAGGAGAAGGAAGAGUCAGAUAGGUGGAGUAUAAACCACAAUAGUUAGUCUUUGCUUGAGUUACAAGGGAGAACUAGGCUGUCUUCACUGAUUAUCGGCUCUAAAAUGAUCAAAAAUAGCUUUAAUGUCAUUUGCAUUGGCCAUGCUGAAUGCUUCUUGCAAACAAAUUUCUGUAUAAAUAUAAUCUGAAGAAAAAAACUGUCUAAAUUGUGGUUAUAACUCAUGAUCUCUGCUGAAAUUUUGGGAAUAUUCUAACUUAAAUUCUGUUCAAAAACUUGUGACCUUGACUGUGAGCUUUUUAAUAAGGGCUGGAAUUUAUUAAUGAACAGGUCUUUCAGAAGCUGAUAUUUUCUGAAUUGCUAGCAGGUAAAGCUGCUUUCCUGGAUCACGUGGUUCCUGAUUUCUGACGCGCUCGUGUGUAACGUGGAUCAAUAGCUUUUACUCUGAUGGGACCUUAAAUAGCAGGCUCCUUCGCCGCUCAGAGGUCAGAUUCCCACCUGCAUUGUACGCAACUUCAGACCGAAGCCAUUUCGCUCCCCGCGGAAUCUCUCUGACAAAAUACACAAAACCUGCCAGGAGACCGCCUCCCCGCCUGGCCGUAGCCGUCGUCGCUCUGCUGCUCCCCCCGCUCUGUCUGAUGUCUCCGCGAUGCUCAUGGGUGCCUCCAGGGGGCGGUGUGGUGCAGCCAGCCCGCACACGUCGGCAGCUGCCCUACGAGAAUGACUGGGGCACCUGGGGAGGCUGGUCCACGUGCUCGCGCACCUGCGGGGGAGGGGCCUCCAUGCGGACCCGGGUCUGCAUCACCAGAAACCUAGUUGCUGGACCGUGUCCAGGUGAUACCAGGCAGUACAAGAUCUGCAGCACUCAGGAGUGUCCCACAGGGUCUCUGGAGUUUCGGGAGCUACAGUGCGCGGCUUUCAACGACAGACCGCUGGUGGCAGGGAACAGCUAUAAGUGGACCACCUUUCAUGGAGCCUCCAAUCCCUGUGAGCUCAGCUGUCUGGCCCUGGGCCAGAACUUCUACUAUAACUUCGGCCGCGUGUUGGACGGGACGUCGUGCGACACAGAGCCUGGGGCGGUCUGCGUCAACGGCCGCUGCCUCAGGCCGGGCUGCGACCUGAUCCUGGGCUCGUCACAGCGGGAGGACGCCUGCAUGGUUUGUGGGGGCCAGAACACCACCUGCCUUCGUCACCGCAGCGUGUAUCGAAGCGGCCACCAGGGGGCGGGUCUGUUCGGAUACAAUGAGGUGGCCAUGAUUCCAGCCGGUGCCACUCGCAUCCGGGUCAACGAUAACAGCAAGAAUUAUCUCGCCCUGCAGAACGGACGCUCACAGUUCAUCAUCAACGGAGACUGGAAGAUCAGCAUCCCUGGGGCGUACAGCAUCGCUGGGACCAAGGUGCUGUACCGCCGCUCCACGGACACCUGGGAGAGUUUCGAGGCGCCAGGGCCGACCCGAGAGGACCUGCACGUCAUGGUGCUGUUCACCGAUACCAAUCCUGGGAUAGAGUACGAAUACUGGCUCCCCCGCGACCGCUACGCGCUCUACCACGGAGAGCGGAGUCCACUGCGUCAGCCGUACCACAGCGCCACCUUCCCGCCGGUCUCCACGACGACCACCGUCACGACGACCACCACCACGCGGCCUCCGCCUGUCACCACACCUGUCUGGGGAGGCUGGCCUGCACAGCGACCACAGCAGCAACCACUGCCCCGACUGGAGAGGGAUGAGAGCCACAGGAACCUGCUCCCUCAGGGUCCCCAGUUUGGGCGCUGUGGGAGGUGCAGGAGGGUGCGAGGCCGGGGAGAACGGCAGAGGCAGUAUUGCCAGAAGGACUUUGUUUUUCGAGCCAAGGUGCUGGGGAAGCUGUACCUGGGCGAGGAGACCCGCUAUGACGUGCACGUGAUCCACACUUACCGCAACCGCUUCCGGUUGGAGCGCCGCGAGUUCCUGUGGGUCCCCAACACGUGUGACUGCCCCCUCAUGGAGGAGGGCCGGCAGUACGUGUUGAUGGCCCGCCGCCACGUAAAUUACGAGCGCACGCUCAACCGCAUCCUGCUGGAGGAGGCCAGCUAUGUACAGCCAUACCGCCCCCGAGAGGACAGACUGCUGCGGCCCCUGGAGGAGAUCUGCAGUAAUCAUGGUCCAAGGCUGCCAUCUACAAGAAGCUGAAAAAAAAACACAACCUCCCCCCGCCCCCCUGCACUUUUCUAAAAGAAACCACAGGAGAGCUCAGCAGGCAGAAGAAAAUGGACAAGUGAAGGGCUUUAUUAGGAGUCUUUGAGCAGGACCGUCACAAGUUCCAUGUACCAAAGAUUCCCCCUGUUAGGCAGGCAGCCAUGUGCUUCGGGGAAUUCCCCUCGGAUAACCAAUCAGCAGACGGACUGUCACCUGCCAGCCAUUGGGAUUAUUUUUAAAUUCCUUGCUCCUCUUCUCAUCAUCAUUAAGGUUCUACUAUGUACUGCUAUAUAUUGUAUUUAUAAAGCCACAGGAUAAGAAGAAAUAUAUUUACAUGCAUUUAUUUGUGUAUUUUUUUUCUAUCAUUUUGAAUAAAGAACCUAUUUUGAAAUAA